AUGAAAGAUGGCUCGGAUAAGUCAAGAAAUAAAGAACAUAAACUCAGAGAUGGAACUACGAGUAAAUGCCAUUUCCACAGGAGUGCGCCCUCACAGGUACAGAAUAAUUGGAUAGGACCCCCUGAUAAGCUGUCUAACAUCCGAACAGUGAAAUAUGGCAUUCCAGAAAAUGAAAGUAAAGUCAAAAAAGAAUACAGACUGAUGCGAGAAGAAACCGACAAGUUUAAUCAUCUGUUUUGGACUGAACACAAUGCAGCAUUCAUCAAAGCCAAAGAAAUCUUUAUUGAAAGUAAAUUGGAUGGAUCCGGUGAUAAGUUAGUUGAUGAAGAUGGAACCAAACACGUUUUAACUGCAGAAGAAAUGGCUGAAUUCUAUAGAGAUUUUUUGAAUUGCCGUCAUCAGGAACUGAAAGACUACAACAGAGAGUGGUAUAAACGAAAUCUCCAAAUGUUAUGGCCAGCGAUUAAAGCUAAUAUUCACAGUUGGUUUGCCAAGAAAUGA